CUUUCCCCGCCCCCUCCCCACUCUCUCGCCCGCGGAUGAAAUUCGGCCCCAGGCCUGGCGUCGCGGGCCCCGGGAGGACGGCGGCCGGGCGGAGAGCGGGGCCCCGGGGGCGGUGUCCUGGCCCGCAGCCCGGCUGCGCGCCGCAUCCUCAGGCAGGUCCCGGGUGACCGGCUCCUCUGCGUCUCUCGCCGGCGUCGCCGCGCGCCGCUGCCCCGGACUCGGGCCAGGCCGACUCGCAGGACUAAUUGGAACUCUUCAAAAUGUCAGGUGUGGUCCCCACAGCCCCUGAGAAACCUGCAGAGGAAGGGGAGAACCGAGUAGAGGCUCCUGACCCAAGGCCUGAUAACCCUCCUAACUACAUGUCCCAUUGUGUACAAGCUGUUCCUCCACCUGCCAGCUGCCCAGGAGGCUUGCCUAUGAGAUUCUACAGUCCACAGCAGCCCAGUACCUUCCCCUUGUACCAGCCAACUAGUGGUAUUGAUCCUAUCCAGUACCAGCCUGGCAAACAUCCUAUGCCAAAUCAGUCGGCUCCAAUAACAUGGAUGCCAGGACCAACUCUUAUGCCAAACUGUCCUCCUGGUCUGGAAUGCUUAGCCCAGUUGGACAACAUACACGUUCUUCAGCAUUUUGAGCCUCUGGAAAAGGUGACAGGUUUUGAAACUAAUAAUAGAUAUGAUAUUAAAAAUGACCUGGACCAGAUGGUGUACAUCGUAACUGAAGACACAGAUGACUUUACCAGGAAUUCUUACCGGACGCUAAGGCCCUUCGUCCUCCGGGUCACUGACUGUGGGGGCCGAGAAAUCAUGACAAUGCAGAGACCUUUCAGAUGCACCUGCUGUUGCUUCUGCUGUCCCUCCGCCAGGCAAGAGCUGGAGGUGCAGUGUCCUCCUGGCGUCACCAUUGGCUUUGUUGCGGAACACUGGAACCUGUGCAGGGCAGUUUACAGCAUCCAAAAUGAGAAGAAAGAGAAUGUGCUGGGAGUACGGGGGCCGUGUUCAACCUAUGGCUGUGGUUCAGAUUCUGUUUUUGAGGUCAUAUCCCUUGAUGGUGUAUCCAACAUCGGCAGUAUUGUUAGGAAGUGGAAUGGUUUGUUAUCUGCAAUGGGCGAUGCUGACCACUUUGAGAUUCACUUCCCAUUAGACCUGGAUGUGAAGAUGAAAGCCGUGAUUUUUGGAGCUUGCUUCCUCAUUGACUUCAUGUACUUUGAAAGAUCUCACCACAACGUUCAUCAAGAUAGAUCGAGACAGUAAAUCAGCAAUUAUAAUUAAUAAAAACAAAUUUAGAGAAGUUGCUUGGGCUUAUGGUCAAUCCUCAAUUAUUUGCAAAUACAUUUAUCUGUUUUUACAGAUUGCUUGUAAUGGGUGUUACUUUCACAGGUGGGCUGAGAGUAUAAGAGCAAGAACACUGUCUAACCACGUGUUUCAAUUGAGUAUCUGUCUCCUUGUCUAUGUAGUAGACUAGGAGUUCACCCUGAGAGCACUAUGACUCGUUAACCAGGUAAAUGUAUAUACAAUGAGCUUGAAAACACUUUAUCGUGAGAUAAGGGAAAAUGCAUCCCAGAGCUCUCACAUUAAUUGGUAGCGAAAUGGUGGGGUUUUGCGAGCAAUCCUUGAGGAGAUAGAGUAAUAUGGUUUCCAUCUCUAACACUGUCCUCUCCAUCAACAUGUCCAGUUACUGAAGACAAAUUUGAUUCCAGGUGAAAAGAACGAUACUCUUCAUCUUUAAAAACAAAAAGAAAGCAGACAGACAUAUUGUUUUACUGCACAAGGAAAUUUUUACUUGGGCACAUGUAUCAAAACCUCUUUUUGCAAAGUUUAUGAAAGUUUUGAUGGAAAUUUUGAUUUUAUUGUAAAAUAAAACAUGUUUUUUAUGUGAUAAGGUUUAUAUUUUCCAUGUCUGUUCCCUCAUUCACCAGCAUGGACAAUCAGGGGCUGCCUAUAUGUGGAGACAGGGUCAGACCAUCAGGAAAAGAGGUGACCAGGGCCACAGCCAAUCUAGAUCACUGAGCAACUUAGAGACAUCAGAGCCCCAUGAGAAGCUUGCAUUUAAUGCAUUUAACCUCUCUUGGUCACAAACACCUUAUGGAUAAAAUACAUUAAGCUGAAUCUCUAAGAUUGUCUGUUGAACUUUUGUAUCUCAUUUGAUAUGACACAGAGGAUAUAAUUAUUUUUUCUUUCAAGAAGUCCAUGGUAAUCACCGUGCUGUUCUAAUUGAAAGAGUUGGCGUUUUGUUUUUAAAUUUUGAAAUGUGACAUUCUGUACAGCACUUUGUAAAAGCAAAACCUACAAAUUCUGAUACUGCUUAACAUUGCUUUGCUGCUUUUUAUUUCAAUGAUAGAUAAAUCUAUAUCUGUCAAAGAAAGUUCUAAAACACAGCAAGCAUGCUACUUCUCUGGGAUCUACAGCUUGUGAGUACAGAUUAUGUAGAAUCAACAUAGUUAAAGUAUAAAUUGUAUGUGUUUGUGUUCACUAGUUAGAAGCAGAGUGUGUUAGUGAAUACACUGAUGAGUCAACUUGCAAUUAUUGCACUUCAGCUUCCUAUCUGGACAAGGACUGUGUUCUUUCAACGCAGCCAGUAGGUAGACUGGAGUGUAUUCUUCUGCUGCUCCUUAUUAAAUAAAGCCAGCCCGAGUGUCCUUAGAUGUGGUUAUCCUCAGAUGAGGGCCUUCGCUCACAGUUCUUAUGGACGUGAAAAAAAUGUGCCCCAUUUUUAACGGUAGUCAUCUUUUCAAGGUAAAAGUUGUUUUACUUGGUUUCUUGUAUUGUUUAUUUUUAUGUACUACUACCAGCUUUUUUAAAAAAGUGUAAAAGCUGCUGCUUUCUAAAAUAAUAAUUACCUUAUAUUUGAAAGUGCAAUUGCAGUCUUAAACAGACAUGCAUAUUAUUUCCUGUAAUGAUGUCUGACAUUUUAUGUAGAAAAUCAGACAGUGUUCAGAAAGCUUAUCUAUGUAAACUUUCCACUUUUACUUGCCUACAUGCCUUCAUUCCAAGACCUGCUGCAUAACACUAAGAAAAAAUUAUUUCCAGCAUGAUAUUUUAAAUUCCUGCUUAAAGUCUUUAUGGUAUUAUGUCUCUUACAGUUAUAAUAUCUUGUUCUUUAAAAAUAAUACCAUGUGUCUUACAUUUUUAUACCACAGUUCAUAUAAUUUCUAUAUUUCUUAAUGGGAUUUCAUUGUGUAAAAUUGAUCAGAUUGAUUAAUAAAAACAAGCUAUUCUCUCAAAUUUGUGUUUCAUGCUUCCUGAUAUUGUUUUUGGCUUUUAAAUAAAUGUGUGGUUUACAGUAAAA